AAAUGGUCCCGGUUCUCUUUAACCUGACCCUGGCCAUUGUGUUUGUUCUGACCUGCAUGUCAGCGGUCCCGCUGCGGGGCCACAAGCCGCCGCAGGUGGACCCGCUGACGGCCCACCGGGCCGACCCGCAGUGCUGGGACUCCUCCUCGGCUCUGCUGCUAGACAUGCGGUCUCCGAGGAUAGCCGACACGGUCCCCGCCUUCUGGGACCUGAUGGGGACCCUCCGGUCCUCAGAGGACGGGAAACACGCGGCGCUGUUCUGGGACCUGGCCCGGGUCUUUUGGGAGAUCUACGUGGAAUGCGUGAUGUCCAGGAGCCACGGCAUGGGGAGGAGACACAUCACCUCUGUGCACUCCCUGAUUACUGACAAGUCCUUCAGGUUCAACAGCUCGAGAGCUAACUCCUGGACAAAGCUCACAGUCAGAGUGAGACGCAGAGGACACAUCACCAGACUGAAGACCGAACCCAAAUAAAACACAACACAAAUGUCUCUGAGGGUUCCAGCUGGGCAGCUUUUGUCUUUAUUUCAGCCCUUCUUUGUGAUGCCCCUGUCAUCAGUUAAAAGAAAAUGUUGUAUGGAUAUUAAUAUUAUUCUUUUACAUUCCUUAAUGUUGUUACUUUUUUAUAUGGACAAUUAAAUAUUUAGC